GAGAGAACUGAUAUAGUGAAUGCAGGGUUUAGGGAGAGUGGAUAUAGUCUAAGCAGGGUCCGGGGAGAGCGGAUAUAGUGAAUGCGGGGUCCGGGGAGAGCGGAUAUAGUGAAUGCGGGGUCCGGGGAGACCGGAUAUAGUGAAUGCGGGGUCCGGGAGACCGGAUAUAGUGAAUGCAGGGUCCAGGGAGAGCGGAUAUAGUGAAUGCAGGGUCUGGGGAGAGCGGAUAUAGUGAAUGCAGGGUCCAGGGAGAGCGGAUAUAGUGAAUGCAGGGUCCUGGGAGA